GGCUAUAAGCCCAAGCAGGGCUCCUGCCCUUCCGUGGUUUUUUACCAUUCUUUACCAAUCCGGGUGGAGGAAAAGGAAUUUGGAGGACAAGAAAACACCAGAGAGAUCUGUCAAUCCAACUACCCAUCAGGAAGAUUUCAUCAAAAACUAGUCCAUCGAGAAGAGAGAGAGAGAGAGAGAGAGGGAAGGAGAGAGGGAGAUGAAGGGGUGCGAGCUGUGCGAGAGGGCGGCUCGGAUAUACUGCGAGUCGGACCAGGCGAGCCUGUGCUGGGAGUGCGACGCCAAGGUGCACGGCGCCAACUUCCUGGUGGCCCGCCACUCUCGCUGCCUCCUCUGCCGGGGUUGCCAGGUCCCCACACCAUGGAGGGCCUCCGGAGCCAGGCUCGGCCCCACCGUCUCCGUCUGCGAGCGCUGCUGCCUCCAAGGCAAGCGACGGCGAGAAGACGUAGUGGAUGAUGAUGGGAACGGCGAGGAAGAAGAUGAGGAGGCGGAGGAGGACGAAGGAGACGAGGCAGAAGGAGAAGGAGAAGGAGAGGCAGAAGAGGAGGAGGAGGAGGAGGAGGAGGGGGAUAACCAAGUGGUGCCAUUGUCGUUGACGCCGCCCCCGGUGGCGACCUCCUCCAGCAGCGAGGAGUCGUACAAUGGGUUCUUGAAGCGGAUCCGGGAGAACGCGGAUCUCGCCUCUCGGGACGACGACAUCCCCUGCUCGUCCUCCCAGCCGAGCUACCUCGCGUCGGCGCCGGCUCGAGCUGUCGCCGAGGACGAGGCCACCUCCUUCGCGGGCUCCUCCCUCGGCCCCUUCAAGGACCGCAAUAAGGCCGGGCUCCGCGGCUCGGCUCCUUCGGCUCACGCCCAAUUCCACCACCACCGACUCUUCCGCGGCCGCCAUCCUGGAUAUCCGCCACCGUAGAGAUCCCCGCGCCGUCGAUCUCGCUCCCUCCCAACUCCCCCAGCCCUCCGAUCUGAGUGAGACCUCUUUGCCUUAUUAACCUUUAUUUCUUUUUAUUAAUUUUAUUCCUUAUCUCGUGGAGUUGAAAUCUUAAUCAAAAGGGAAAGAUCGAAACUACCGUGUUGGCCUCUAGGGUUUUUUUUUUUUUUUUUGUUCUCUUUUUGGGAAAUUUCGUCUCUGCAGUUGGUGUCAGUUCAUUCCGGUGGCUGCUGUACACGUAGCAGCGGUAGAUAUGAUGGACCCUGAUCCAUCCCGCGGCAAUUAUUCCUCUGCAUUGAGGUGGACCACUGGAUGGUGAUCGUACGACGUGCACAGUUUUUGCUCUGUACGGGGCCUGGUCUAACUUGCGCUUCACGGGCCCAUUUUAGCCGGGCGAGGGCAUAGCGUGAACGCAACGUGCCCUCUCUCGGGGGUGGUGGUGGUGGUGGGAGCGACCACCUGAAGAGGGAGAGAGAAUUUGGUACUGAAUUUAAAAUAUCACCGCGAAUUGUUUAUGGGGAAGUUAUUUUAUUUGAUGAUGCCGUGUUUGUUAUGUUUCUUUUGUGGAUUUUAACAUAGUUUUCAGUUGUUUUCUUUAAUGAUUGGGCGUUUGACUAAUUGAUAGGAGUUUAGCAUGCUUCCGUACAUUUCCUUCUUUUGAGGGUUUGUAAAGAGGGAGGACCAUUCUCUUUCUUUCCUUCCUUUAGGGCGCAUUCUUGGGUUUUUUUUUUUUUUGGGUAUGUGCGUGUUGGGGGUCUAACCAUCUUUUCCGUGCUUCUAGACUCAAUUUGCAUAUUUAUCUCAAGUCUAAUUUCUUUUACACGAUCAAUUUUGGAGAAAAAAAAAUAUAGUAUGCAAAAAUAAUAUAAAAUAUAUCUUGAAAAACUUAUGCUGAGACGAGGAGAAAAGAAAAAUAGGACAACUUUAGUAUUUCAUGAGUAAGUGUUGCCUAUAAGAAAUUAAUUUAGCAACUUCACUUUUUUAAGCAGAGGAUUAGAAUAUGAGUAAGUUGGUCAGCAGAAAAAUUGACCAACCCAAUGAACAGAACAGACGAAUGAGGUCGGUGGGGGUAGCUGACUCUGGCUGCAAUGUCUUGGGGACCAGGAUGUGGCAGGUUUGAUGCAUGUGAUCUUAAUAAAAAAACCUGUAAGCAAGAGGGGAUGAACCUAUAUGUCCAUCAAUAAAUAUCUUUGGGUGGUUGUGCUGAAUGGUGUGAUGGAGCAUUGAACUACUUGUAUUGUGCACAGAAGUCUGAUCCUGAUUGUGGUUAUGGUGUUGAAUCAAAAAAAAAAAAAAACUAAAAACAAAGUAAGAUUGUGGCUGUGGUGAAUGGAGUCUUGGUGCAUUAAACUAUGGGCACAUGAAGUAAUCCUGAUUAGCAAUGAUGACAUGUUUUAUUGUAUAUCUAUAGAUGCUUCCUGGAUAGCUGCUAUCUCCUACGGAGAGUUGUUGAUCGUUUAUGAAUGGAGAGAUCUGAUUUACAUGGUAAAUUUAUCAUGGUGAAUUGUUAAGUGUCCUUUGCUUGAUUUAGGAUCCAUGAGAGGAAAAGGUAGAAAGAUUUUAUGGAAGCACUGGUAUUGAGGUUAUUAGUUAGAUAUGAUCAAAACUGAGACCUCGAAAUGUGGAAAGCAUCUUGUCAGAAUCAUCAGCUUUAGUUGUUUACAUUGCAAUAAUGGAUGUUUGCACCAGUUGACUCGAUCAAGUGCUCGUAUGAUAAAUUUAAAUCACAGUGACGAUGUGAGGACUCAGAGAGCACUUGUAAUUGAUCAUCAAUUUCGUGUAUGGAAAGCAAAAGUUUGCAGUAGAUAGAGGACUGUUCUUGUUCUUGUAGCCUUCUGCUGUGGUCAUUAUUGGGCGGAGAUGCAAAGGAUCUCAAUACAGCUUCCAUUUCGUUGAGAUGCUGAAGUGGAAGAACAACAUCAAGUUUGGCCUCUCGUCCAUUUCCUUCUUGGACGUCAUAGAGAGGAUGCCAGCAGCAUCAAUUGCUGAACCAUAUAAAAAGCAAUAAGGGCCAAAAGAUAAUCAUGCAAAUUAUUGUACAAAAUUUAGACUGCCAUCAGAAGUCAGUGGAAUGUCUUCGUCCUAAAAAUUUAAGUGGGCCGUUAGUGGUAAAGCUUUUCAGAUACUCUAGUUCAAGGGGCGAGCUCUUAGUAUCCCUCAUUUGAGGUUAAAGAGGGGAAGUGAGGUUGUCUUUACCUGGCUUGUUACAAAGAGAUAACCGAUCUUGAUGUAAAACUUGAUAGUAGUUAGACUUUUGGAGAAGAACUAUCUGCUAGAAAUUUUGUUUAGAAUAAGACUAAUUGAUUAAUGGUUCAUCAAGUAUAUGCCUAUUUUCCCCGGGUAGGGUUUGUAUCUUUCGUGCGAAAGAAUGAUAAUGGAUCGACAGAUUGCACAAAUAUUGCUUUGAAAUUUGUGCAGGUUGAUGAAUGAGAAAGUUUGGAGCGCUUCGAGGCUGUCUGGGGUGUGAUUCAAUGGAUGACAUAGUAAAAAAAGAUCCAUCAUUCAUUUGAAUGCGAAAGAUACAACCCCGAACCUAAUGUCCCCACUAAAAAGCAGCAGAGGCGACGGAGAUUACUUUGUGGUGACUUCUUGAUAUAAGGGUCCAGAAUUGCUAGUAGACAUACAGGUUACAUCAUUCACGCUGGUAGACAUCUUGGGGCUAACUAUGAAACUAAACUUAAAUAAGAUUUAAGUUAAUUUAGUGAGGGAUUUGGGUUUGGCAGGAACAUGGAAUCUCUUACCAUGAGUUUAUAUUAGAUUUGAUUAUUGAAGUACUUUUCACAUAAUAUAACUAUAUUAUAUCAUCCAAGGUCUAGUCACCAUGUAAUGCUCAUGGCUCAACAUUAGGGCUCAAUGAACGUGUGGUGGACCAUCUGUAGUGGGUACUGCUUAAACUUGUACCCGAUCAACCUAGUAGUACUGGAUUCGCUGAUCCUGUACUGUCUACCUGAUUUGAUGGUCCUGUUGAUGGGUUUUCCUAGAUCCUAUAAACACCGAGGACUGCUGCUGCUCGCUAGCUCUCUCUCUGACACAUUUCAAUUCGGGAAAAACAAAAUUGGGUCGCGCCCCAAAUGCAGCUACUGACCAUAUUUAUGUAGCCGCUGCGUCGCUUAAAAGCUCUCAUUUCCUAGUGGUACUGAGAGACUUGUAUGUGGGGUAAAUUUGUACAUCCAAAGCUUGCGUGUGGUACUGAGAGACCUGUAUGUGGGGUAAAUUUGUACAUCCAAAGCUUGCGUGUGCAUUUGGAAAUAGAAACAAUGACGGAAUGGGAGUGCUUGUCUUGUUAAAUGGCUCCGUUUUAUGUA